CAGCAAGAAAACCGACUACAGCAGAAUUUCCAAGAGUUGCACGACAAUGUUUUGCUCCAGCACUGUGAUGUCGCUGGCUCUCUGCCUGCUGGCUUGUGUUCACUCUGGCAUCAACGCGUAUCCAGCCAAGCCUGUCAGCCCCCGAGAAGGCGCCCCACUUGAUGAGAUCGCCAAAUAUUAUUCUGCACUAAGACACUACAUCAAUCUCAUUACGAGACAGAGGUAUGGGAAACGUGACACCCCAGAUACUGUAUUUUCAGAUGCGUUGGUGAGGGGGAGCUCAGAGAGUUUUCCAGGAUCUAACUAUGGCAGGUAUGAUGGGCUGCCACUGUGGUGAUGCUGCUGGAGCUGUCAUGUCCAGGCGGAUUUUACGACAAAGCUGCUCCAUCCACAUGAAAUCAACUUGUACU